AUGGAAGAGAAGAGUGCUACAAAGGAGAAGCCUACUCCAGUGCCUUUUGAUAUAUGUAAUUAUUCUUCAAAAGAAGAUUCAGUUGUUGAUCCCAUUCAACAUAAUGUUUUACCAAGUAACUCAGGUGAAGAAGUUUUAUUACAACAAAGUAAAUUUAGUCCUCUGGAGAUAGUUGAAAGUGCAGAGGUACCUGCAGAAAUAAUAAAAGAAGUUUCAUCUCCAAAAAUAGUGUCAACACCAAAUGUGGUAUCAACCCCAAAGGUGGUAUCAACACCAAAUAUGAUUUCAUCACUAAAAAAAGUUACUGAAGUAGAAGAAACUAGUAACAUGAUUCCAUUUGUUGAUGGAUUAAAUGGCACAGUAGUCAACACUCUAGUGCAAGUUACUUAUUGGGCCAAAGUGGUGGAGAAGGAAAUGGUCAAUACAUCAGCUAGUACAUCUGAUGCUAAAAGUCCACCUGAUCAACCAAAGUUAAUAAGUGAUCUUAAUAAGCCAUGGAUAAUUCUUGGUGAUUUUAAUGCAGUAAUUUCUCAAGAUGAGAAAGUUGGUGGUAGACCUCCUAAUAGGACUGCAAUGUUGGAUUUCAAUGAAUACAGAGUUCUAUUCAAUCAAAAAUGGUUACAACUGUAUGGAGAUUGGGGAUACAAGGUUGGAAUGCGGAUUGUUUCUGAUCAUACUCCUCUGCUAGGUGGUUGUGCAAGCAUUCCUAAACCAAAGAAUAUACCUAGGAAAUUUCAAAAAAUGUGGAUUAGUCAUCCUAAAUUUUUGGAAGUAGUAUCUGAAUGUUGGGAAAAAACAAUUACUGGUGAUCCUGCAUUUCAAUUUUUACACAAGUUGAAGGAACUUAAAAAGGUGUUAAAUGAAUGGAAUUGGAAAGUUUUUGGAAAUGUUCAAGUAAAGAUAAAAGAAUCUGAAGAAAGAGUUAAAGCUGCAACUGAUAUAUCUGAUAAUAAUCCAUUUGAUGAAGAUGCUCUAAAUGAAUUAGUUAAAUCUCAAAAUGAACAUGCAAGUAGGGAGGUUCAAGAAAACACUUUAUUGAGGCAAAAAUCCAGAGUCAAGUGGAUUAAAGAAGGAACAACUAAUAUUAUUUUUUCUCACACAAAUAUGAAGAUUAGAAAUGCAAGGAAUACAGUUAAUGAAAUAGAGGAUGAUGAUGGGAAUGUACUUGCAAGUCAGGAUUUAAUAGCUCAAUACUUGGUUAAUGAAGAUGAUCAAAGAAUGCUUGAUGUCAUUCCAGAGGAAGAAGAUAUUAAGAAGAUAAUUUUUGAAAUGGAUCCAGAAAGUACUCGUGGUCCAGAUGGCUUUUCAGGUAUUUUUUAUAGAAGUUGUUGGGAGAUACUUAAACAAGACUUAGUUGAAUCUAUUCAAUACUGUUGGAGAAGAAAAUUUAUUUCCAAAGGCAUGAAUUCUAGUUUCUUAUUCUUAUUACCUAAGACACAAGUUGCAAAAACUGCCAAUCAUUUCAGACCAAUAGGAUUGAGCAAUGUUAUCUUUAAGAUAUUUACAAAUAUAAUCACCAGCAAAAUGAGUGAGUUAAUGAAGAAGGUGAUAUCUCCUCAACAAGUAGCAUAUUUCAAAGGAAGAAGCAUUCAUGAAAAUGUUAUUCUAGCAUCUGAACUUGUUAAUGAAAUGAAGUUUAAAAGAAGAGGGGUGAAUGUAAGUAUGAAACUUGACAUUUCUCAAGAUUAUGACACAGUGAGCUGGGUGAUCAAAGUAUUAACUAAAUAUGGCUUUUCAAAUAAUUGGUGUGAAUGGAUAAUAACUUUGUUUAAAUCAGCAAGAAUUUACGUUUUGGUGAAUGGUGGACCCUGUGGCUUUUUUAAAGUUGAAAGAGGACUGAGGCAGGGAGAUCCCUUAUCUCCAAUUCUUUUUGUGAUUAUGGAAGAUGUACUUAGCAGAAACAUUUAA